AAAGCGCCCUCGCACGUCAACUUCAACUGGCCAAUUCCUCACUUCCUGGACCCGCAGCUAUGGCAGCUGGCGCACCCGCGCCCGAUGGCUACGCACCGCUUUCAUCUGCUGGCUAUUCUGGCUAUGGCGCUCCUCCAGCGAAUAUGUACGGUGACCCCUCUGGCGACAAUUUCUAUGUCUACCCUGGCUACAAUCGCGAUGCCUCCGAUCCUGCUGAACCUAAUGGCGAAGCUCUUCGACCCUUUGGGAAGCGGAGAAGGAGUCGCAAGAAUGCCGAAGAAGAUGACGAGGAAGAUAUUGCAAUGUCAAAGGCGCCUAAGCAGAAGAAGCCUCGGCUUGCGGCUGCUGGUUUCAGAUCCUAUGACUUGGCCGAAGAGGCCGUCGGCCCACAGGCAAGUAAGGCCAAAAACGAAGCUCAGAGGCAAUUCGAGAAAGAGAAGGAGCGAAAGGCCCUAGACAAGGCCAAGGCCGAAGGUCGAUUCAUCAUGCUGCAAGCCGCGAUCAAAGGCAAGAAACGUGUUGUCCGGCUGAGCAUUCCCGGCAACAGACUCGCGCAAGUCAUUGCCCAACAGGCAGCGAAGGCCGCUAUGGCUGCUGCCGCAAAUGGAGACGCCGAUGCAGAGCACGAAGACGAGGACGGCGUGCUUCAGUCUGCGCAUGCAGAUCACUAUGACGAGGACGAAGAGGACGCCGAGGGUCUGCUCCUCAAGAGUGACAUUGCACCCAAGAAGAGGGCUAGCGACGUGUACGAGCAGAAACUGCGAGACGGCCUGGUGAUCACUGGCAACACGAAGAAGGCCUUGGUUCCUGUCGAAAAGGACGAAAGCUACGGCUACGUCUAUCGCGAGAGGCUUCCAAAUGGCAAGCGCGUUGCUAGGCACCUCGGCACGGAUGGGCAACCGAAAGAGCGACGAAAGAAGGCCACGAAGCAUAACAGGAAUUACGAAGAGAUUGACAUUGGCUCAGAUGAUGACGACUUUGAGAAUGACUCUUCCUUUGUGGCUAUUAACAGUGCCACGAGCAGGGGUCGACGCUCACUGCCGGGCUAUCUACAGAACCGCCACGCUGAUGAUGACCCUGACGCGCCUUCUGAAUUGCCUGAAGACCAUCGUGACCGACCGUAUCAGCCAUCGCGACAAAAUCGACCGAAGGCUAAAGCGUCGCGGCUCAGCGAUGCUGCUGAUGCUCAACUUCAGCAAGAAAGCGAAGCCGCAUCAGCAGAGAAUACUCCUGCAAAGAAGUCCGCUCAUCGACCAUCCUUUGGCGGCAAGCAACCAUCGAUGCGUCCUCACAAUGUCGACAAUCCGAUCAGUGUCGAGGACGAUGGUGACGACAGCGACGACGCCGAUGGUGUUAUCGAUGCGGUCGCAAAUGGCAGCUCCGGCAAUGACAAUGGAACACUCGUCACGAACGGCUCGGGUUCUCGACCAACAAGCAGCGGCAGGCCUCGAGGCCGACCAUCCAAAGCAGACAGUGCGAAGACAACACCCAGCAAGCAAGCUCAAGCCAUCGAUGCCGCCGCUCAGCAAAAGCGCAUGGAAGAAGAGAAUCGUCUCGCAAAGCUGCAAAUGCUGGAGAUGCUCGAAGGCGGUGGAGGUGACGACUUCGGCAUUGGAGCACGUGGUGACUUCAACGACGUGAGCAUGGCGGAUGACUUCGAGAGCGACGGCGAGGACGAGAUCCCAGCACGGAGGGUCAAGGUCUAGAAUCUUGUUACUGCUGUUUGCUGCUCGAGCAGUCUUGAGCCGAUGCUCAAAUUCAUGGUUUGGAAGGUUGAGCGACUGCAGACUGAGCUGACGCCUCAUCAGAUGUGUCGUUGUUUGACAGGGUUCUAUGGUCUUGGCGCUACUUGAUGAUGUUUGUGAUUGCUGUAUGGAUGCCCAAUUCCGAUUCUCAAUGCACGCUCUUUCAUCCCGAGUUCCAGGUUGUCUACUGCCGUGCCGAGAGAGGGAGGCGUUUGCGCCGAAAGCUUGAUGAGGAUUUCCGACUAGCAGUAGUCCGCGUCGACUUCAUGGACCAGGUCUUGAUGUAUGAGGUUGAUGCGAGUCAUUGAGCGCUUGCUUCUACAUGGUCUAUGAGGCUGUGCGUUCGACAGGGUCUUGGCGUAAUGGGGAACUGGUUACCAAGGGCUUCCUUUGAUGAAUUCAGUUCUUGGGUGGCAGCCUGGACUCGCCAUUGAGAUCGCCUAUCUGUGCAGAUCUAGUGGUGGCUACCGAACGUUUGGUCGUCGGAAUUCCUGUACGAGCGCGAGGCGUGGUCAUGGGCAUGCUGCUAGGAUCUAGCUACUUACUGUAUAUAUAGCCGUGGCUGCAUUGAUCAUGCUCGCUUUUG